AUGUACUCUAAUGUUGAAGGAAGAAACCUAAAAGGCCGCAAAGUCGAGAUAAUUGACACGAAUCCCGACUCGAGCGACCGCCAAAGCUCCCCAUCCGCUUUCAUCACCUCAUCAUCAUCAUCAUCAUCGUCAACACAUGCCACGCUGGCGCAAUCGACCGACAACUUCACGUCCCUUGCAAACGGGACCCACGUCCUCACCACGUGGGCCCGCCUCGCGGCCCGCAAAACGACCCCGCCGCACGAAAUCGUCUCCAUCACCCGAUUCGUCACCUCCAAGACUUUCACUCCGCGGGCCGGGCCCGCCACCUUGACGAAAUCCCCCGACAUCUCGACCCACGCGCGCACGAAAUCCUCGCAGAUCCCCAAUUUCGCGACGAUUUGA